AUGACUAUCGCACCUCUGAACCCAGCCAAGAUCAUACCAGAGGAGCUGUGUACCAAUCGACUGAACCGAGACGAGCAGAUAACGCAGGCUAUAACAAAGCUGACGGUCAUUCCGACUGCGUUGGGAUUGGCUGGCCAGCUUGCACGAGCCGACCGACACCUGGCCUCUGCCCUUGCCUUAGCUCACGAAAAGGAACGUACAUGGUCUGAUGAAAGGCAUCAGCUGCAAGCACGAGCGGGGGUAUCACAACUAGCCACGGGCCCUGAUCAAUACUCUUUGCCGUCAAGCGUCCCUGGCGAGGCUGACGGACUGUCAGAACAGCAUGACUUGUCCGAUACCAGUUCGGGGUCCAAAACUGACGAAACAAUCCCAAACCCGCCAAUCCCCGGGAAUCCAGCUCCGUCUGUUAACUCCCUUCUUACUCAAGUAAACCAUUUUGCGAAAGCACAUGGAUUUGGGGUUGUCAAGGCCAACGGCAUGGUUCGACCUGGACACCGAAGUCGAUACAUUUUCCAAUGUGAUCGAUAUGGGACUCCAAGGCCUGGAAGGGGUGCUGGUCUUCGGAAGCGAAAAUCUCGAAAGUCGGGGUGCCUGUGGAAGAUUGUCGCUGAGGCCUUGCCGCAGAAUAACUUCCAAUGGACUCUGCGGCAUUUUCCAGAAGUGCAGCACCGCCAACACAACCACAGGUGUAGCGCUGAUGCCGCCGCUCACCCUGUCCAUAGGCGGCUAACUAGUCCUGUGAAGGCUACAAUUCAGUCUACCAGUCGGCGAGUGGGCAUUCGCGCACGAGAUAUUGGUGGCAUCGUCCGAGAUCACUUCCCAGAUUCAGUUUAUGUCCCGAGGGAUAUUUAUAAUGCUAGGGCCCUGAUUAAUAGAGAAAAUUUGGGUUGUUACAGUUCUACGGCUGCACUGAUCAGGUUGUUCGACGAGAAGGGGAUCCCUUACAUUGCGGAGUGGGACAGAGAUGAGCCCGACCGUCUGGUGGGGUUGGUAUGGACGUUCCCUUAUUGCCUCCGGAUGUGGAAGCGAUUCUCCGAGGUCAUUAGUUUCGACAACACAUACAACACCAACCGUUUUAAGUUGCCCCUUUUCCAAGUUACGGGGCAUACCUGCCUGGGUACUGUCUUUAACGCCGCAUUUGGGUUGAUCGACAACGAGAGGCUUGAAGGGUUCCAGUUCCUUGCUAAUGGCGUACGCACGCUGCUUAGCCGCGCCGGCAUCCGGACUCCCGAUGUUGUUAUCACCGACUUUGACAAACAGAUGAAACAGGCCCUUGGGAUUGAGUUUCCAGAAGCGCAGCAGCAGAUAUGCAUCCACCAUGUCAACUCCAAUGUAAUGCUGCAGUCCAAACGGAGGUGGGUGUAUGGAACUAGGGAUAGAGGCGCCGGCGAAGAGGAUGUUUCGGUCGAGCCCGAUGCAGACCUUGACGACCGCGAUUGGCAGGCAGUACAGGAAUCUGAAAGACAAGAAGAGCCAAUUACCCGAGACAACUCUCCGCAAUCUGUAACCCACGAUUACAACGGAGUGCUUAUGCUGUGGAGACUUGUGGUGUUUGCUGAGACGGAAGAGGAUCAUGAGAAGGCCUGGGAAUACCUCUGCAUGCAAUUCGGCGACCAGAAAGCGAUUCUUGCGUAUCUCUAUAGUACAUACAUGCCUGUGAGGGAGCAGUGGGCUCGCUGCUUCAUCCGGAAGUACCGCAACUUCGGCAUUCGAGUGACCUCUGGCACGGAGGCCAGCAACAACAAUGUCAAGAGCUAUCUCCUGAAUGGCAUGAGCCAUUUCCCAGGAUGCACAAAUUUUAUGUACGGCGAAGCUGUCCACAGCCUCUGGGCAGAUGACCGCCCGAUCAGCAUAUCGAGCACUGUUGCCAAAGGGGCCGACCACAACACGUCCUGGAACCUGCAGUCGGGAAUCCUCGUGCUUGUUUUGCAGAAGUAUAGGGACAGCUUUCGCUCAAUGCGCAUAGACGAUGCUUCGUCGUAG